AUUCUGCUUUUUUUUUGCCUUGGUCAAACACAUGCGACGUCGGACUCCACUUACGUCGCUGCUGUGUACGAACACCGAGUGAUUUUGAACCCGACACCACAUAUUUCACUUUCUCGUCUGGAUGCCCUCCAACACAUGCGGCAGAAUUUGGCUGUAUACGAGGAGCAAGCCGCCCUGGCUGCCAAGCAGGGCGCUCAGAUCAUGGUCUUUCCAGAAGAUGGUAUUCACGGUUUCAACUUCACCCGUUCCUCCAUUUCCGCCUACCUGGAGAAUGUUCCUGACCCACAAGAGGUGAUGUGGAACCCUUGCACAGAACCAGGAAGGUUUAAUCAUACAGAGAUUCAGCAGCAACUAAGCUGCAUGGCACGCCAUCACAACCUCUAUGUUGUAGCCAACAUGGCCGACGUGCAGCCGUGCCCCCUGAAGACGGACCCAACUUCUUCUUGUCCCGCAGAUGGACGCUGGCAGUUCAACACCAACGUGGUUUUCAGGUCUGACGGGCUGUUAGUGGCACGGUACCAUAAGUACAAUCUUUAUUUUGAAAAUGCCUUUGACAAACCGCCACAACCUGAGAUUGUCACAUUCGAUACUCCCUUUGCCGGGAGGUUUGGACUCAUCACGUGUUUUGAUAUCCUCUUCUAUGAGCCCACAAUCAACUUGCUGGAGAUGGGUGUGCGUCAGCUUGUUUUUCCCACCGCCUGGAUGAACCAGUUGCCCCUCCUGGACAUCAUCCAGUUCCAGAGAGCGUUCAGCCUGGGCGCCGACGUCACACUGCUCGCCGCCAACAUCCGGAGCGACAGUCUCAUCAUGACAGGCAGUGGCAUCUACACUCCUUUGGCCGCCACUUACCACCACGCGCAAAGCCAGGACCCCGAGGAGGGCCGACUCCUUGUGGCGAGGAUCCCCGUUUUGGGAACGGUCGCUGAUUUAGGAUACUCUCACCUUGACGGCUGUCCUGCACCUCUGCCGUCGUCCUCCACGUUUACAUCCACCAUGAUGUACGAUCCUUUUCGGUUUGCGCUUUUUAACCACACCCAAGGUGAAGUGAAGGUCUGCGAUGGCGACUUAUGUUGCCGCCUAAAGUUCGAGCGCUUUCAAGGGAAUGAUGAACUCUACGCUUUGGGAGCUUUUGCUGGAACACACACGAUCAACGGGCGUUACGCUGUUCAGGUAUGUGCGGUGGUCCGUUGCGCUGGCUCCGAACCUACUUCCUGUGGACAGAUAGUCGAAGAGGCAGAGACUAAAUUCGACUUUGUUCUGGAGGGAGAGUUCAAGACCCGACACGUAUACCCGUCAGUACUGGUGAGCCGCUACGUGUUGGAACAGCCGAAACGUGUAGAGAAAAGCGACGGACGAGUGACCAUGACACAUUCCAACAUGGCCGGCGGGCUUGUCACCGCGUGCUUGUAUGGACGAGUCUAUCACCUGGACGACCAAUGA